AUUACGCGGACUUUUUAAAUUAAUGAAUAAAUUUAUUUAUUUACUUAUCAGGAAUAGAAAACAAAGGGCUUUCCUUAUUCAUUCUCGUGUUUUCUCAGUCUGCAAAAGGUGCAAAAGUGCGACGAGGAUGAGCGGCAGCAACAACAUAAACUCGGUUUUCUACGCGGGGUCCUAUCAUCCCAUUCAAGCGGGCAGCAUCGACGGCACCGACAUCCUCCCCCACGAUAACGCCGUUUAUCGAGCUCUUCUCUGCUCCAAUGCUGCCCUCUAUGACCCUGUGGGUGACCCCAAGCUCAUUGGUGAUCCUUACCGCACCAUCUUCGUCGGUCGCCUCUCUCACUUAACCACCGAAUACGCUCUCCGCAAGGCUAUGAGCAAAUAUGGCCGAGUCAAAAACUUGCGCUUAAUCCGCCAUAUCGUAACUGGUGCCUCCCGGGGUUAUGCUUUUGUUGAGUUUGACACUAAGAGAGAAAUGCGUCGUGCAUAUCAGGAUGCUCACCAUUCAAUUAUUGAUGGCGCUGAAAUUAUAGUUGAUUAUAACAGGCAACUGUUAAUGCCUGGGUGGAUUCCUAGAAGAUUAGGAGGAGGUCUUGGUGGUAAAAAAGAGUCAGGACAACUUCGUUUUGGAGGACGAGAAAGACCAUUUAGAGCUCCCUUGCGACCGAUUCCCUAUGAAGAAUUGAAAAAACUUGGCAUUCCUCCUCCACCUGAAGGAAGAUACAUGUCCCGCUUUCAGGUCCCAUCACCCCCUCAAAAACAAAGGAGGUCAAUGGAGAAGGAAGAAUAUCCUCACAAGAGGAGCUCGUGCUCUGUGGACAGAGAAGAAUUCUCCCAAAGAAGUAGCUCUAUGGAGAGGGAUGAACACAAAUGGACAGCAGGGGGACAGCAAGAAGACUCCAUCAAAAGGAGUUGUGUGAAGGAAGAAUGCCAACAUGGAAAAAGCUCUAUGGAUGGGUCAGAGUUUUCUCAGAAAAGGAUUCCUAUAGAGAGGGGGGACCACCAUCAUAAGUGGAGUUCUGUGGACAGAGAAGAGCACUCUGACUCCAGGAACACUGCAGGAGGGGGAGAAAUCUCUCGGAAAAGGAGCUCUAGGGAUAACGAAGAACGCCCUAGCAAGCGCCACAGACAUCACAGCCGGUCCAAUCACUAAACAAGGUCCCCUUUUGCAGAUCUGCUGCUACACCAAUUGCUCCAGUUGACAUGAGAUAGGGUACCGAUGCAAAGAUCAUUCUUGCUUUUGUUGACUUAAAACUGCUGAUGAGGUUUUUUGCUGUUUUCUAAUCACUAGCUGAAAUACAAGAAUUGUUCUGACUGCAAAUUAAAGUUUUUUGUAUUAAGGCGAAUUAUUGUAGUUGUGUCCUCCCUCCCAUUCAAGGAUGCCAAGGAAAAUAUGUUUCCCUUAUUAUUGAUGCAUUUGGAGAAUGCAUUUUAGUUGCAUUGUAAAAUAAAGUUCCAUUUCUAUGCUAUUUUAUUUGAUGAGUGAAGCUCAUGUCUGCUACCACCAAAUCCAAUUUCCAAUAGACAACGAUUGAUUAAAACAGAGAGACGAUGUCUUUCCUUGAAUCGU